CCAGCUGGGAGCUGGGAAGAUGGCCCUAGGGGAACUGCAAAGGUGGGCGGGGACUGUGAAACGGGUGGGAAGGCCCCGUGGGCUGAGGGCCCGAGGGUCCGCUGCACGGCUCGGGCGCCCAGCAGCCCGCUAGCCAGGGGGCCAGCCUGGUCUCCUUAGCGCUCGCUCGCUCGCUCGCAGAGAGGAGGGCGACGGGGCCGCCUCCGGCCUCUCCACACGCAGCCGCCACCUGUCCCCAGGGGCUGAGCGCGCUCUCCCUCCCGCUCUCGGGGGACCGGCCCUAGCAACGAGGGGCAGGGCCCGGCGCGGGGCUGCUGCUGCCCCUCCGCCCUCCGCCCGGGCAGCCUGCCAACGUGGCUGCCUCCCGCGCGCCCCAGCCUCGCGCGCGCGCGCGCCCGGCCCCACACGCACACCCCCGUCCCCGCUCACUUUCUCUCCCUCCCGGCGCCUCUGCUCUCUCUCCUCCGUCUCCGCAGUCUGUCUCCCCCUCGCUCUGGCUGGCGAGCUCGGGCUCCCUCUCCCCGCGCCCCGCCGCCGAGCUCCUUUGCCAUGCGAUGCUUACUCUGCCGCGGAGGAGCCGGGGAGUGAUCGGCCGGCCGCGCUCCGUCUGCCUUGGCACGGCGAUGUGCGCUCCUGCCGCUGGCGCAGUCGCCGCCCGCUGCAGGGACGCGGAGGCCGGGGCCGGCCGCCCGAGGGAGGAGGCUCGAGCCGCCGCCGCCGCCGCCGCCGCCCUGUGCUCCUCCUGCCGCUGAGUUAGAGCCGAGGGGCGGAACCCAUCCCCGCACCGGCCGGCCGAAUGGAGGCGCAAGACGGCGCCGGCAUCCUAGAACUGUCUAAAGAAAUCCCGUCAUCCCAGACGGCUCUGGUAGUGCCAGGCCAUGGGACAGGAGAAGGCUCCAGCACUUCCCUGGGAGAAGAGGAGGAGGGAGGGAUUCCCAUCCCUGCUCCUGGGCUCCUGCAGGUCACGGAGAGAAGGCAACCUCUGAGCAGUGUCUCCUCUCUGGAGGUCCAUUUCGAUCUCCUGGACCUUACGGAACUGACCGAUAUGUCUGACCAAGAACUGGCUGAAGUCUUUGCAGACUCGGAUGAUGAGAAUGCUGCAAAUGAGUCUCCAGCAGGUUUGCACACACACCCGCUCCCUCGAGCCGGCUACCUGCGCUCCCCUUCCUGGACCCGAACCAAAGCUGAACAAAACAGAGAAAAAAAGCACCUCAGUGACUCUGAGCUGCAGGCUGGGAUCGUGGACACUUUUCUCACUAUAGAGAGGCCCAAGGAAAACUAGCUUCUCCCGUAGCCCGCCCGGGGAGCCGCAUCGAGGGACGAGACGGGACGGGACCCAGAGUUGCACUAAUCACAGAUUCUGGCCGGUUUGUGACACAGACAACAACCUUGACCUGCCAGACUUUGGCGACGCGCCGGGGUCAGUUAAUGACCGAGUCCUCCUUCAUCUCUGCCCCAGCUGCUUUGCUUCCUUCAGUCCCUUUUCCAAGAGGCGGAGCCAGCUUGCCAUGAGCCCAGUACCCUCAGGCUGCCAGGGUGACGGUCACAGCCGGAGGAGGUGGGUUGGGGGGAAGUGGCAGGAAUUUCGGCACUUUAAGCACUCCUUGCUCCCGCCCGCCAGGGCUUCCGAGCCGGAGUAGUUGCUAGAGAAGGUGUGGGCCGAAUUUGUCUUGGACCCAACAUUCUGGAGAGACUGUCAAAGGAGAGGAAGGAAAAGCCUUCUAAGCCAGUGCUAAGAGACAAAGCGCCGCCCAGGCCCUGGGCUUCUCCUGCCAUCCUUUAGAAUAAGCACAGUUUCCUUUCCAGUGGCCUUCCAUCUUCUUCUCUGUGCAUUGGAUCAAGACCAACACGCAUUUUCUGUGGGACUCUAUGGCUCAGAAGCCAGGACACUAAACCUCUCACCUGAUCAGAAGCUUAGCUCUUGACGGGGGUCUGCCUGGCACCUCAGCAAAGCCACAGCAAACUCUGGAAGGGUCCCCAGUGUUACAGGGAUCAGGUGUGGGAGUGACACUAACGGUGGCCACUUCUCCGACAUCCGUGUACCGAUUUAAGGGACCCAGAUUCUCUCUGCUUAUCAACACUUCUGGAAAGUUCCCCUUUUCAGAACUGGUGCUGUCCAGCUCUAAAAUGGUCCUGGGAAAAAGGCUGAAGAGGAGGAGUCAGCUCACACUGGUAACACUCAAUUUGCUUGUGUAUCUCCAGGCGAAGUGGGUGGCCUGGAGGUCCCCUUUUUCCACAAAAGCGGCUCUGAAUUCAGAAACCUGAGCGUUUCCGUUCUUAGCGAAGGGAAGCUGCCUCUGGGCUGACCUUUUGGAGGCUGCAGAGGGGCUGGGAAUUGGCUUCUGAAGACGUCCGCGCCCAUCUGACUCUUGCCACACUUCUGCUCCUAUUUUCUCCUCCCACCAUCCACAACCCAAAGUCCUUCCUUGGAGAAGCUGAGUGCUGGACCAGCUUUGUCACCCAGACCCUUUGUGACCUCUGGGCCGGGCUUUCCCUCGGCCGCCUGAAGGCUGAGGGGACUCUGGCCUAUUUCCUACCUUGCUCAGAACACCAAAUAAUGCCAAAACUGCCUACGGAACCAUGGCACCUCCCUGAAAUGAUUAAGGUGGGGGGAGGAAAAGAGGCUCAUGAGAGGCUCCCCCUUCCCACCACCCCCACCACCUCCUUAAGGGGUUAUUCUCAUGACAUAAUUUCCUGUCCUCAUCUCUAGUUAAUCUCAUAUAAACACAUGCUACCCUAAAGCAGCUUUGCUACUCUCACCUGCCCCCAGGCUGCUGGGCCUCCGUAGGGUUCUGUCUGGCUUGGUGUCCCCAAAGGAAGCAGGGACCAUUUUUUCCAGCUGUGGCUUCUGGGUCUGCCCAGAGCAUGGAUUUCCAAGAUGAGUUUCUCGCCAGCUGAGAUGUAGGAGAGGGGGAAAGUAACCUAGAAGUGCUGAAGAGCUGACAUCUCUUCCAUUUAAAGAGGCUUCUUGUUGACCCCCACAAUUUAAAAUUUCCUUGUAUUGAACAUCAUGGAAACAGGGUCACAGACUGGCACCAAGGAUUGAUACCGUGUCAAAAAAUGGUUUCACAACAGGAUCCAACUCACUUUUUCACUUGAACCAUAUAUCGUGGGGCCCUUCCACCAUUUUCCUUUAAGCUCCUGGUACGGAUACACAAUAGGUUCUUCCAACAGAGGUGGAACCAAGUAAAGUUGAGUCUCUGAACACCUGUUAGGUGCAGGGCGCUCUGCUAGCUGCUGUGGGAACAAGUGAGACCAGUCCUGGUUCCUGCCCUUAUGCUUCCUGGAUAUGCCAGUGCUGGGAGACGGCGAGGGCCCGAUUUCAGGGGCCGUUAACUUCCCACACGCUCAGUAGUGCUGGUGUGUCGCCAGUCGGCAGAUGUGCCGACACCUCUCCCUCACACUGGCGUGUGCCCGCCACCAGAGGCUUCAUUCGCUGGCCGGAAUACCCACGCUGGUGUUCUGCUCUUCCCAUAUCGUGAGCUCUAGCUACAAACUAAGAAUCUGUUACAAUGGAAACUAUCCACUGCAUUCAACAAGUACGCCAUCACCUGCUGUAAUCUUUGAAGUUAAUUAUCCUCCCCCAAAAGCAGCCCCGUUAGAAUAUGGAGAAAUUCACUUCCCCAAAGUCCUAUAAAAAAGGACCAUUUUUUCCCCAACCUGCCAGUACAGCCAAGUAAGCCAGUGACUGGUCAAGGUACUGAGCAAUGUGAUACUUGACCAACCCAAUAAAAACCAAUCUCUCACCUGGCUUGGUUUUAAACAUGUAUCAGGAGAAGGCAGCUAGAGCAGGACACGACACAUCAUUCACCCCUCUGUGACCGUCCCUCUCAUGAAUUGUAUUGUUCAUUAGUUCAUGUAGCAGCUUUCUAUAGUGUCAUUUGAAAAAAGGUGUUAUUAAAACCUCAUCCCCUCAAUUCUAAAGUGUCUUCUUUGUUUCUCACUUCUUAAUGGACACCAGAGAGGAGCAGAAUUGCAUGUGUAACAGCGCAGGAGCCGAGGGAAGGCAGCAGGACUGAUUGAGGGGGUGCUGCUUCCCUGGAGGAGAAACGAUGCCUUUAGGAUGCCCACGGGCUUUCACAGCGUUCCCCAAACUGCCAAAUGCCACCGGAGCUCAAACAGGCUUAUCUGGGUCAUGUUCCAGGGAAGAAUGACCUCGAUUUCCAAGCCUUGACUGAUGCUGGUGAUGGAGAUUUUGAGAGAAAAUUUUUAAAAAUUUUAUUCCCAUGCAACCCCACUAAGAAACUUAGACAAAAGGACGAGAUAGGAGAAGUGCCCUUCUAGAAUGGUUCUCUUUCUAUUGGAUGGCUAUGAGGGAGAGGUUUCAGGGCCCAAGAACAGCUUCCUUUAGCCAAAGACCAGAGCAGUGUAUGUAGGCCAGGCCUGAAAAAAGAGAGCCGAGACAAAGAUCUGCUUAACAGGCCAAAAACCUACUUAUGCUUCAGUUUCUUAUGUAAUUCAAAUAAAAUUUCAAUAUAAGGCCCGAGUUAGUCAGCUCACACUAGACUUCUGGCUUUGGUACUGGAGAUGGGCCCACACAGAACUCUUCAGGUACUUACUGUUACUCACUAAAUGGCUAAAAGUGAGGAUUCUGGUUUAUCUGUCUACAAAGGUGUGAGGAAAUGGGUCUGUGGACGUGUUUUUAAUAGAACAUUCUGAGAAAGGGUGAGACAAAAAAUGGAUACAAAGCUCUGGUCUAAAAUCCCUAAAUAAACAUACCCAUGUACAAGA